AUGAAGAUCGAGGAAGUACAGUCCACGGCGAAGGCACAGCGUAUCGCGUCGCAUACUCACAUUAAGGGUCUUGGACUGGAAGCAGAUGGUACGGCGUUGCCCAUUGGCUCGGGUCUUGUGGGCCAAGAGAAGGCUCGUGAAGCCGCCGGACUCGUCGUGGAGCUCAUCAAGUCAAAGAAGAUGGCGGGGCGUGCGCUGCUAUUAGCUGGAGCCCCUGGAACCGGUAAGACGGCUUUGGCGCUUGGUAUUUCCCAGGAGUUGGGUCCAAAAGUGCCAUUUUGCCCCAUGGUGGGCUCCGAAGUGUAUUCGUCCGAGGUUAAAAAGACGGAAAUUUUAAUGGAAAAUUUUCGUCGUGCUAUUGGACUCCGUAUUAAAGAAAGCAAGGAAGUAUACGAAGGCGAGGUGACAGAGAUGACGCCAGAAGAGACUGAGAAUCCGCUUGGAGGGUACGGCAAGGCAAUAUCACAUGUUAUUGUGGGACUGAAGACCACUAAAGGCUCUAAGCAGCUACGAUUGGAUCCCAGUAUCUAUGAAUCAUUACAAAAAGAAAAAGUCUCCGUGGGUGAUAUUAUUUACAUCGAAGCUAAUAAUGGCAGUGUCAAGCGUGUGGGGCGUUCAGAUGCCUAUGCAACCGAGUACGAUCUUGAAGCAGAGGAGUAUGUUCCCAUUCCUAAGGGAGACGUGCACAAGAAGAAGGAGUUGAUUCAAGAUGUGACCUUGCAUGAUCUUGAUAUAGCCAAUGCUCGGCCGCAAGGUGGGCAAGACAUUAUGUCCAUGAUGGGGCAAAUGAUGAAACCAAAAAAGACGGAGAUUACGGAGAAACUUCGCACAGAAAUAAAUAAGGUCGUGAAUCGAUACAUUGACCAAGGUGUGGCUGAGUUGGUGCCCGGUGUAUUGUUCGUAGAUGAGGUUCACAUGUUGGAUAUUGAGUGUUUUACGUACCUAAAUCGUGCCUUGGAGUCGACACUUGCGCCAAUUGUUGUCUUUGCCACAAAUCGUGGCGUUUGCCAAAUUCGGGGCACGGAUAUUUCCUCUCCCCACGGUGUUCCACUCGAUCUACUCGAUCGGAUGCUGAUUAUCCGUACCAUGCCGUACUCCGUAGAAGAAAUGGUGCAAAUUAUCAAGAUUCGCGCUGAAGCCGAGAGCAUAAAGCUUCAGGACGAUGCCACCGUGCGUUUAGGCGAGAUUGGUUCCCAGACGUCGCUCCGUUUCAGUGUGCAACUGCUGACGCCAUCCCGGAUCCUUGCAGAGACUCAAGGCCAUUCCGAAGUUUCAGUGGACGAUAUUGAGGAGACAAACGACCUAUUCAAUGACGCAAAGCGUUCGGCGCAUGCGCUGGCUCAAACGGAAGGAUACUUGAUGUAG